UCCGGUCGCCUCGGCUGCAGUCGUCGCUCCGUCCGCCUCUGGAAGUCCAUAAGAGCGGCACCGGGCAGUUAUCAGGAGCGGAGCUGGGAGGGAGACUCCUCUGUAAUGUCUGCCUGCGCUGUCAUUCACCUCUGAGGAGAAGAGCCCGUCUCACUGUGGGGGUGGAGGUUGUCAGCAUAGUCAGCUGUAAAAGACCCGCCAGACCAUGAACUACGUGGGCCAGUUGGCGGGGCAGGUGUUUGUCCAGGUCAAAGAACUGUACCGCGGCCUCAAUCCCGCCACGCUUUCUGGCUGCAUCGACGUCAUCGUAGUGAGGCAGCCCGAUGGAUCCCUGCAGUGCUCGCCUUUCCACGUCCGCUUCGGCAAGAUGGGUGUCCUCCGGUCCAAAGAGAAAGUGGUGGACAUGGAAAUCAAUGGAGAACCAGUGGAGCUGCACAUGAAGCUGGGCGACAAUGGAGAGGCAUUCUUUGUGCAAGAAACGCAAAAUGAUCAGGAAGUUGUUCCGUCCUACCUGGCUACCUCGCCCAUCAUGUCGGAUGGCGUCGCCCUCAUGAGCUCCUCUCUGCUGGGGAAGGGCUCCGGGCCCCCCGUGCAGACCCUGGGCUCCAUGGGGAGCAGUGGGGAGAACGGCAGUGUGAUGGUGAAGAAGAGGAGGAAGAGGAGGAGGAAGUCUCGGGCGGACAGCAUGAGGAGGGAGGAGAGCGAAGAAUACUCUGCGGACGAAGACAUGUUCUCCAUCGACAUCAGCUCAGAUGAAGGGCUGGAAAGAGAAAACAGAUCUUCGUCAAGAGACGUCCUAAGAGAGGAGACGACUCCCAGUUCAACCGGUGGUUCCUUCACUCAGGCUGGAAUCUACACUCGCUCUGACGGGGAGUGGAGCCCCAUUCAGAGCCCUGUGAACUCUCGUCCUACCUCUCCCAAGAGUGACUCUGAACUCAUCACCAAGCCUUCAGAUGCGGACAAUCAGAAUCCAGCCAUGCACUGGGCCUGGGGAGAGCUGCCUCAGGCUGCCACGCCAUCCUUCCUCCAGUUGAAGCACGACACGGUGCAGCUCAGCCCGGUGUCCAUCCCCGUGUCCGAGAACACGCACUUCCGCGUGAUCACCCAUGAGACUUCGGAACAAAAUGCGCCCUGCUCUGAAAUAUCGGCGCUCCGGCUGCUGAUGCCAGAGGAAACGGUAACAACGCAGGAGACCGUCCACACGGAGGAAACGGUUGUUUCAGUUGGGAUGGAGUCCGCCAGGAUGGAGUCUUUGACGGUGACUUCAGAGACGCAGGUGACGGCGGCCGGCGGCGCGGCGGCUCGGAUGAUGGCUGACAUGGAGGACGCGAUGCCCCGUCCUCCAGGCAAGACGGACUCUCCAUCCAAAAAGAAGGACAAAAGGAGCCGCCAUCUUGGAUCUGAUGGCAUUUACCUUGAUGAUAUCACAGAGCUUGAACCUGAAGUAGCCGCUCUUUAUUUCCCCAAGAGCGAUACAGCAGUGAGGAGCCUUUCCGACCCGGGCCUGCAUGGCACCAGCUUGUCCCCGCAGUCCGUGAGCUCCGGAGGAGACAGUGGCGUGGACAGCUACUGCGACAACAUGGCCGACCUGCCGUCUAUCGCCAUAUCUCUGUGUGGAGGACUCACGGAAAACAGAGAGAUCACUAAAGAGCAGUUUUGCGAGAAGAUCAUCUCCUACCAACAGUUCAUAGAGAACCCCUCCAUCAUCGAUGACCCCAACCUAGUUGUUAAAAUCGGCUCAAAAUACUAUAACUGGAGCACUGCGGCUCCUCUUGUGCUGGCUAUGCAGGCCUUCCAGAAACCUCUGCCAAAGGCUGCGGUGGAGAACAUCAUGAAGGAGAAGAUGCCGAAGAAAGGAGGGAGGUGGUGGUUCUCCUGGAGAGGAAGAAACAACAGCACCAAACUGGACUCGGUGUCAGACCGUGGAGCCUGUGGCUCUGCUGAACAGCUGGAGAAAAUGUCCAUCAGACACAAAGAAGAGUCGUCUUCCAGUGAUGAAGACCACAGGGCAGCUAGUCAGAGCUCCUCCUCCAUGCAUCCAGAGCCCGGGCUCCCCUCAGGAGGCGUGUCCUACAAGAAAACACUGCGACUCACGUCAGAGCAGCUGUUGUCUCUUCAGCUGCUGGAUGGUCCGAAUGACGUGGUGUUUAGUGUGACCACUCAGUACCAGGGAACCUGCCGCUGCCAGGGAACCAUCUACCUCUGGAACUGGGACGACAAGAUCAUCAUCUCCGACAUCGACGGAACAAUCACCAGGUCUGACACGCUGGGCCACAUCCUGCCCACGCUGGGAAAAGACUGGACACAUCAGGGAAUUGCACACCUCUACCAUAAAGUCAGCCAAAAUGGCUACAAGUUCCUGUAUUGUUCAGCUCGAGCCAUCGGCAUGGCGGACAUGACCCGAGGUUACCUCAACUGGGUCAACGAGCGAGGCACCAUGCUUCCUAUGGGCCCCGUCCUGCUGAGCCCCAGCAGUCUCUUUUCAGCUCUGCACAGGGAGGUUAUUGAGAAGAAGCCGGAGAAGUUCAAGGUGGAGUGUCUGAAUGACAUCAAGAACCUCUUCUACCCCAACACCCAGCCUUUCUAUGCAGCGUUUGGCAAUAGACCAACGGAUGUGUUUUCCUAUAAGGAAGUCGGAGUUCCACUGAACAGGAUUUUUACAGUCAACCCUAAAGGCGAGCUGGUGCAGGAACACGCCAAAACCAACAUCUCGUCCUAUGUACGCCUGGGCGAGGUGGUGGACCACGUGUUCCCCCUGAAGAUGAGGGCGUCGUCGUCCGACUUCCCCUGCUCCGACACGUACAGCCACUUCACCUACUGGAGGGAGCAGCUUCCCCGUGUGGAGCAUCACGGGACCCCCCCUCCACACGCUCCCAACCCCGGCAGCUGACUACCUGUGGCCUGCUGAGCUGCAGGACCGGCACUGACUGACCGAUGGCGUGCUGGAGAUGUUACAAAGAUUCAGACUUUGAUGGUUACCUGGAUCUGGUGUGAUAUUGCAGACGUUUCUAGAAGAUGGAGCACUUUUUAGUGCACGUCGAAGAGUCACCCCGAGUAGACCAGUCAGCUGUGAUUAGUCUUAAUGCACAAUGUAAGCGCACUUUUAUCAAUAGAUGUCGUCUGCGGGUGUCGAGAUGUAUGUACACGGAAAACGACAGUAAUUUAUUCAGGCAGCUUAGCAUAUAGAAUAUGUACGAAAGAGUGUUUUCUAUUUAUCCUGACAGUUACGUCCUGCAUUUUACAGACACUUUAGCUGUGCAGAUACAAAGAGAGCAAGUUAUUCAGACUUGUGCCAAAUGCUCAAUAUAGAUUUAUUUUUUUACUGGAAUGUUUUUCACUCAAAGACUCAGACAUGAUGCGAAGGCAAUUCAAUAUACAUCCAAACUAGUUUUACUAUACAGCAAAGUGUGUGCCUGUGUGUGUGUGUGUGCCUGUGUGUGAUAUGAGUUUCUUUAAAAGAAAUCAUAUCAGUGUUAGUUGUGUAUUACAUUAAAAUGUAUAACAAUGCACAGCAAUCCAUGUAGCUUCCUCAGCUGAAAAAAAAGUUAUGAUGAAGACUGUUUCAAAUAAAUGUUCAUUAAGAAAAAGCUGAAAGAGAACAAAAAAAGCACAUUUUAAUGGCCAUAAUUAUCCUCAAAAAAUAUGGAGUUAUGUAUAUUUUUGUAACCAAACCACCAUGUACAUGUGUGAAGAUGACAGUUUCUGUGGUAACUUUGAUAAAAUAUAGAAUAUUUAUUCACCACAGUUAGAGUUUGCUGGUUAUUUUAUAAUAGACUGACUGAUGCUGUAGAGGAAUUGUAGCAUACGCCUAUCUGAUCGAGUGUAGCUCUUUAUGUCAUGGAGAGAACAACUGGCCAGAGUUUAAGUGGGUACGUUUGAUCUUUUUCUGUUGGACAGAAACUCAAAAGGGAUCUUGAUUUGAAACUGAACUCAAACACAGGAGCAGGGACUGUUAUAAUUCUGACCUGCUGCAUAAAUCAGCAAUCAUAUUGUGACCGGAAGCAGACAGUUGGGCCUGUUGUAUAACUGAUGAGCAAGAAUGUGUAUAUAUUGGUUUAUUUGUUCUUUCCAUGAAAGAGUUAAGAUGGCCUGAGAAACUUUCAUUUUUGCCUCAACUGUGAACAUUAUCAGUGAUUCAUUCAAUUCUCUUGAUGCAUCUUUAUUUGUUGGUGUAAACAAACCCAUUAAAAUCACUUUGGUACUUCAGAGA